UCAUUUAUUCAGCCAAACACACUUAUCAAUAUUGCGAGAUCACUAUUAUUAUCUGUUAUCGACUAUGGACUUCCAAUCUACGGACAUCACGCAGGCAGCGAAUUAAAAAAAAUCUAUGCGCCAUACCAUACGGCAAUCAGACGCAGUCUACGAGUGUUUCCCACUACAAACGUCAAAAACAUCCUCGCCGAGUCUGGAAUGCCACAUAUUAACGAACAACUAGAGAAUAAUACACUGCGGCUCAUACCCAAGAUAUACCACGGCUCCAACCCAGCGUUGUACAAAGAUUUAUGUUCAGCCAUUCGACGCAAACGGACAUUAAAGAAACCUUCAACUAUACAUACAAUUUUGCAAUAUGCAAACAAACUCGACAUAAACCUUAAAUCGAAACUUUCGGUGACCAGCAAGUAUCCACCAUGGGCUCUAGACCCUUCUGUUAUAGAAGACAAAUUGAUGAGCCUCAACAAAACUUCCACAAACAGUAUCGCAUUCAGACAACUUCUCAUGCUCCGCGAAAACGAACUUAGGUCAGAAGGGUGGAAAUUUAUUUACACAGAUGGGUCAAAAAAUCUCCACAACACUGCAAACGCAGCUGUUUUGGAUAACUCAAAAACCAUCAAUAAGGGACUACUGUUGUCUCCCUGCUCCGUCUAUACUGCUGAAGCAUAUGCCGUAAAAUAAGCAGCUCAAUGGUCCACGUCAUCUAAGGGCAAAUAUGUAAUUUGUACUGGCAGCCUCGCAACAAUUACAGCUGUACUAAACACCCGCAACUUCCCAUCCCUAUCCACUAAAACUAAAUUAGUUAAACCUAAUGUGGAUUCCCGGCCACAGCGGAAUUCAAGGUAAUGAAUCUGCCGACAAAGAAGCGAAAGACACCACACAAGCUCCAUGUCACUUCGUCAAGACUAUAGAAAACAAUGACGUUAUCCGAUACGUAAAGAACUAUUCAAAAAACAACGUAAAGGCUACAUGGUAUAAUUACAACCACCUCUAAUGGUCCAUAAACCCCGAUCGCGAAAAAGCUAUAUACCCUUCCAGCUGCAGCAUUCCGGAAAUCAAAGUUUUCACUCGGCUCCAUUUAAGCCAUUGUACAUUAACGCACCAAUACAUUCUUCAGCGCAACGCAACCACUGGAUGCCGUUUCUGCAAUGGUACAACUACGUCUACAGAACAUAUUUUGGAUCAAUGCUCUGCCUUCCGCGCAUUCAGGGAUGAAUACUUUUCUUCUAGCCCUUCCAAACUUCUCAAAGAACUGACAACAGAUAAUAUAAGAAAAAUAUACAAAUUUAUUUGCAAAGCUCAAUUAAAGCAUCUUAUCUUAAAUAGAGUGUUACUUUCCAAAUAUGUUUAUACACAUUCUUGUACUGUAAAAAGACAUUCACGCAAUUAUAUACUUAUGUUACAAUUUAUAGAUUAAUAUUAGCCCACAUCCGAAGGCCCUGUAGCUAGUGCUGUUAUAUUCGUAGGUAGUAUAAUUAUUUAUAAUUAUAUUCCCUUUUAGUAAAUAAAUAAAUAAAUACAUUUUUAUAAAAAUCAAAUGAGGGUACUCCGGGGUACUUUUUUAUCAUCUACGGUAUAAUUAUU